AUGGCCUUCGACAUUGAACGGUUUAGAGAGAAAAUUAUCCAAGCUAUCCAAUCUGCGGAUGUUGGCGAGAUAGUACUUGGCAUCCUCAAGAUUCCCGAGGUAUCUAAUGUGAUUUACAACGACGAUCGCGUACAAGAGUUCGCGCCGAAAUUUCGAGAUAUUCUUGCCAUCAGUCCAGCGCCAACACCAUCCCCGCACCUCACGGGGAACCUGACUACAACAUUGCCCACAGCCCAGGCUUCCCAAGGAAAUAGACCGGUGCUCUACCGCGACGAUACAUCGCAGGACAGAACGUGCCGAGGAGAGAGCCGCAGGUGA